GCAUGGAGGGAAUCUAGUCAUGAUAUUUUAUUUUCCUGGUUUAGGCUGUGGAACUCUGGCAGUGCUGGAACAAAAUGAAGCUGGGAUUGUUCUGCUCAGGAGUUUUGACUGGAAUGACGGCCUGUUUGAUGUGACCUGGAGUGAGAAUAAUGAACAUGUGUUGAUCACUUCUAGUGGAGAUGGAUCUCUGCAAAUCUGGGAUACAGCUAAAACCAAAGGUCCACUGCAAGUCUAUAAAGAGCACACUCAGGAGUGGGAUCCAGCUGUGGGGAAGUCAUUAUGCACUUUUAAAGGCCACGAAGGGGUCAUUUACAGCACUAUAUGGUCUCCACACAUCCCAGGUUGUUUUGCAUCUGCUUCAGGUGACCAGACUUUAAGAGUUUGGGAUGUGAAAGCCCCAGGCGUCAAAUUUGUGAUACCGGCCCACCAGGCUGAGAUCUUGAGCUGUGACUGGUGCAAAUAUGAUGAGAACUUGCUGGUGACGGGUGCAGUUGACUGUAGCUUGAAAGGCUGGGAUCUGCGGAACAUCCGGCAACCAGUGUUCAUCUUGCUUGGUCACACCUAUGCUAUCAGAAGAGUAAAAUUUUCACCAUUCCAUGCAACAUUACUGGCCUCUUGCUCCUAUGAUUUUACUGUGAGAUUCUGGGACUUUUCCAAGCCUAACCCUUUGCUGGAAACAGUCGAGCAUCAUACUGAAUUUACAUGCGGACUGGAUUUAAGUCUUCACAACCGUGGUCAGGUGGUGGACUGUGCUUGGGACGAACUAGUCAAGAUCUAUACACCAUCGUGCCUGGCAGUUCCUGUCUAGGAAGUGAAGAAGAUCUGACAAACCAGGAGCCUUUCUCUCUUCCCCCACAACCAGACUUGUGCUAAAGUGUCAACUGUGUUACUAAUCUUGGUGUCUCUUUUUAAGUAAAAUGCAGCUUGAACAGAGUGUUGUGCACUUAAGCAUUUGGAGAUUUUAGGGCUUGGCUUACUGUACAGGUAGUACUUAAGCCAUCAAAACAUUCAACAGCUACUGAAUGGCUGAAGAGUGGCCAUAGCAGGUAUGAGCUGGUGUCUUUAGAGUAGAAUCACCAACACAAUUUUGUGGACUGUCUGACUAAUGAUGAGAGCAGGGGCCUGAAUCUUCUUGAUCCUUAUAAAGAAUAAAAGUAACUGGCAGUGUAUUUUGAAAUAAUGUCACCGUAGUGAAGAAAAUAGUGGCUUUUCACUGUAAAGUACUGUAAUGUCAACUGAGGUUUGUGUCACUCGGAUGCAUUUAUAUUUCUGUGUUUUGCUGUGACUCACGUUGCAUUAUUUUCUUGUGCAAUAUGACAAACACUCUUGAUAGACAGUAAAUGUCAUAGUUUAUAGCCAGCUGAUUCAUUUGACCUUUUUGAUUGUUGCUGCACAAAGAUGGUAAAGAUUAUUUUCAUACGUUUUUCCCCUUAGAUCUCCUUGAGUAAAACAGUUGAUGAAGUCAUGCAGAAAGAUACUCUGAUGAUAGAGAAAAUGCUUAGGAAAAAAAUAUAUACAACACUAUAAUUGGAUCACAAUCCUCAAGAUUUAGAGAGAGGGCAGCCAUCUUUUUUAUUAGACUUGUCUUCUAUUUUCACUUAGAAAGUUUUUCUAAGAGAUAGAAGGGGAAUGUGGCCAUAUAUUCAGUGUUUUGGACCUCUGACAGCCUGGCCAAAGGGAGAGCUGAUGACUGGACCAGUUGAACCUACGUGCAUGCGGAUUAACUGCAUGGUAUAAGCAUAGCAGAUCCAGUGUGACCGAGCUAUUAUACUUAAAAGAAUACGCCCAACAUGUUAUAGGUAUGGUGAUUACUUUGCAUGCCCACUUUGACUCCUCAACUCACAUGCCGGUAUCUUCAUCUGAGUUUUUCUGGGAUGAGUAGAGGCGUUCAGUUUUUAUGUGUCUCCAGUCUCCCAGUCUCCUUUGAAUACUCUUUUAGGAUCAAACUGUGCUACUCCUGCAUCUUUACCGGCGUAUGUUACACUUCUCUCCUGGUUUCCUGCUAGCCUUUUUUACCUUCUUAAAGCUGUCUCACUUCUACUGUUACCCUGUAUCAUCAAUCUUUAAUAUCAAAAGGCUCUUUCCAGGUUGGGUCUUUGCAGAUCUUUGGUUGGGUUUGCGUAGUCUCCUGCUAACGACACUUCUGGGUUGCACCACUCGUAUAUCAAGCAAUACCAGACACUGCCAGAUCUGCUGGAUGCUUUGAAGAAAUGAAAGAAUUCAGCGGAGCUAAGGACCUGCAAGUUGCAAGGAAAGAACGGUUGUGCUAUCUUGGAGAAAGAGCCAGGGAAUUUGCAGUUAGCCACGGGGAGAUAUGCAUAUAUUGAUUUGGUGUUAGGGCAAGAAAGAAAGAAACCUCUUCUACAGCAUGAGAAUUUGGAUCCUGAUAGGACCUUGUAUUUUUCUGGGUCAAUGCAAACUGACCCAGAAUGCCAUCUUCUCAAGCUGAGUUAAUAACAAAAAGUAGAUUUUCUUUUUUUGUAACAGUGUAUUGCACCAAAUUGCAAGUGUUUACUGCACUUUAAUUCUGUGUGCUGAGGAAUGAUGCAACGAUAAAGCUGUGCUGCAUACAGCUUUCAGCAAUACCAUGGGCCAUAAAAUCUAAUUUUAGGCAUUAAAAUUGAUUAUUUCAACCUUAAUAGUUACUCCACUCUUCUGCUUUAUCUCCCUUUUCUGCUUAGACUACAAGUAACUUGUCUGAGUGAGUGGAACAUUUUGGUAGUGGGUAUUUAUUUUAUAAGCCUGUUUCUGGGAGGGGGGGAGGGAAUAUUCCAGAAUGCUGCCAUAGCCUAUCAGUGGGAAGGGCAAAUUCAGAAAACCUAGCAUGGGUGGGGAAGGGAUUCUCAACACACACACUCAACGCAUGGAUUAAACCUUUUCUUAAUUGCCUUCUCUCCCUUUACAUCAUGGCUAGCUUGAGUGCUGAGGGUUGCUGCAUCUAGAUUUAAUUCUCUUGAAAAACGAGCACAUUCAGGAGAUGCACAUAGUAAACAAAAACUGUGGCCUUUAAUCUUCCUGCUUGAUCUUUGAAUGGAAAGAACGUGCUGUAAUAUUUCUGCACUGUUACAGGAAAAACAAUCUGGCAAUAGUUGUUGCUGAUUCUUAAUUCUCAGGGAAUGUUUGCUAUAAUUGUUUUAAAGAAAUAGUUUUUAUUUUAUGACCAUAAUACCAGCUUCUGAUCUGAAACAGACCUUUAAUGACAACAGUCUUAAAGAUGUAAUGUGUUCUGCUUUAAACUUGCUCCUGUGGAAGAUUUUGUUUUAGGGGAGCCCGUAGGUUUCUCCGUGGUUCAAGAAACAUACCGAUAAUCAUGUUCUAAAGGAGUGGAUUUGCUGUUCGACGAUGCUAUUAAAUUAAUUGC